GAUGUGAACUGUAUAAGAUGUGUUAUGUUGUGCAUGGCCAGGGAAGGCAAAUCAGAACUCACAGUUGGCCUCCAUUACAUAAGUAAUCUGCUUAUGUAUAACAACUUUUUGAUUCUUUUUAGAAUCAAGAUUUGUUUGCUCCAUCACAAAAUAAGGAAUUUGAUCCCCUUGGUCCUUUGCCACAUGGAUGGGAGAAGAGGACGGAUAGCAAUGGAAGAGUAUAUUUUGUCAACCACAACACUCGAAUUACACAGUGGGAAGACCCCAGAAGUCAGGGUCAAUUAAAUGAAAAACCUUUACCUGAAGGCUGGGAAAUGAGAUUCACAGUGGAUGGAAUUCCAUAUUUUGUGGACCACAAUAGAAGAACCACCACCUAUAUAGAUCCCCGCACAGGAAAAUCUGCCCUAGACAAUGGACCCCAGAUAGCCUAUGUUCGGGACUUCAAGGCAAAGGUUCAGUAUUUCCGAUUCUGGUGUCAGCAACUGGCCAUGCCACAGCACAUAAAGAUUACAGUGACAAGGAAAACAUUAUUUGAAGAUUCCUUUCAACAGAUAAUGAGCUUCAGUCCCCAAGAUCUGCGAAGACGUUUGUGGGUGAUUUUUCCAGGAGAAGAAGGUUUAGAUUAUGGAGGUGUAGCAAGAGAAUGGUUCUUUCUUUUGUCACAUGAAGUGUUGAACCCAAUGUAUUGCCUAUUUGAAUAUGCAGGAAAGGAUAACUACUGUUUGCAGAUAAACCCUGCUUCUUACAUCAAUCCGGAUCACCUGAAAUAUUUUCGUUUUAUUGGCAGGUUUAUUGCUAUGGCUCUGUUCCAUGGGAAAUUCAUAGAUACAGGUUUUUCUUUACCAUUCUAUAAGCGUAUCUUAAACAAACCUGUUGGACUCAAGGAUUUAGAAUCUAUAGAUCCAGAAUUCUACAAUUCUCUCAUCUGGGUUAAAGAAAAUAAUAUUGAGGAAUGUGGUUUGGAAAUGUACUUCUCCGUUGAUAAAGAAAUUCUAGGUGAAAUUAAGAGUCAUGAUCUGAAACACAAUGGCAGCAAUAUUCUUGUAACAGAAGAAAAUAAAGAGGAAUACAUCAGAAUGGUAGCUGAAUGGAGGUUAUCUCGAGGUGUUGAAGAACAGACACAAGCUUUCUUUGAGGGCUUUAACGAAAUUCUUCCCCAGCAGUAUUUACAAUACUUUGAUGCAAAGGAAUUAGAGGUCCUUUUAUGUGGAAUGCAAGAAAUUGAUUUGAACGACUGGCAAAGACAUGCCAUCUACCGUCACUAUACAAGGACAAGCAAACAAAUCAUGUGGUUUUGGCAGUUUGUUAAAGAAAUAGAUAACGAGAAGAGAAUGAGACUUCUGCAGUUUGUAACUGGAACCUGCCGAUUGCCAGUAGGGGGAUUUGCUGAUCUCAUGGGGAGCAAUGGACCACAGAAAUUCUGCAUUGAAAAAGUUGGGAAAGAAAACUGGUUACCCAGAAGCCAUACCUGCUUUAACCGCCUAGACUUGCCACCAUACAAGAGCUACGAGCAACUGAAGGAAAAGCUUUUGUUUGCCAUUGAAGAAACAGAAGGAUUUGGACAAGAGUAACUUCUGAGAAUUUGCAUCAUGAAAGGACGAAAAGUUAUUUGCAGUGUUUGUCCUUUUCCUUCUCUGCCUGUUGCACAUCUAGUUGUAAAAUUGGACUAUGACUGUUUAGAGAGUUAUCUGAGUGUAAGUAAAUUAAUGUUAUCAUUGAGAUUUAUCUUCCAUUGAUUCUGGAUUUCUACUCUGCAUUUCCAGAAAUCAGAUCUGCACAUGACUAGUCAAAACCUUAAUCAAGAUUUAACACAGCAAUGAAAUCUGCCUUGUCUUAUUCCACUAGACUAGAUUAUUUCCUUAACGAUUUCAUAUAUAUGUCAAAAGCCUCACCUUGGGAGUAGGUUUUUUUUUUUUAGAAAUUCUGCAGAUAUGCAGGGAAGUCCCUUGGUAACUGCAAUAUACAAGAUCUUCCUAUUAAGCCUCUUCGUGGUAAGAGGUAUUUAAGUGCAAGUUCAUCCCAGCUUCUGGGGUUAUAAGCAGAUUUCUGGCUUGUGCUCUCCCUCUCAUUUCAGCCUGGCUUGACUGUUGUUUUUCCUUUGUGGAGCAUGAAUCUAUGCAUUUCCUGGAAGUGAUGCAAGACUCUUGCAUCUUUCUACAAGGUAGUUUUGUCAAUUUGAAUACAGAGAAAAGUUGGUCCCAGUUUGCAAAUGACUUUAUACCUCUUUUCAUUUGGAAAUGAAACUUUACAAACAAUAUUUUACACUGUGGUUCCUUCACUGUUGUUUUUAAAAGGUAACCUAGAAUUGGAGUUAAUUUAACUGAAUUCAUCUAAGGCUAUUAUUAAUGACUUUUGGAUGUUCUUUUUCUACAUAAUUGGAACUUCAUAAUUUUAUCAUAAUCCAACACCUUCAGCUAUAUUUAAUUAUUGCUAAGAGUUCAGGUUUGUAACUAGAGUGCUUUCUAGAUCAAGUAGAAAUCAAUGAAACAGUUUCUGAAAUCACAUUUUCAUUUGGGAAGGAGAGCUAUAAUACUGGCUAAAAAGAAAGAAGGGAAGAUAACUAUUAACCACAGAAAUUUAUCCCCUGUGUAAUUAAAAGUCUUCAGAUUUACCAUUUCUCUAAUACAUAUUGUAGUAGUCAUUUCCAUUCUUUACAUUGUCUUGAAUUGGAUUGAUAUUCCUCAUCUGCCAUAUUUGCACCCCUAAAAAUUUUAGUAAGUUUUCCAUUUUCUCAUGACUAUUUUAGACUGCUCCAGUAGUAACCAAUUAAUGCACUUUGAAUUUUCUCUGUAGUUAAUUCUUUUCACUUGGUCUAGCUUAGACUGUCAAAAUGGCUGUUGUUAUACAUUUGACUUUAUGGGCAGUGGGAUGAAGCCUAAGCUAGCUCAGUCCCUAUUACAGGUGAACCUGAGGAUAGUCUCAAAACUUAACAGGGACUUUGCCAUGUUUCCACAGCAUAGCAUGAACAAGUAGCAUUAAGCCAAGAAUAAGCAAAAAGUAGCAGACCCCUGUUUCCUUAAGAAAAAAAAAGUUUUUUUUCCUAAAUGCUCUUCCUAUUUACAUCCUGGCACAAUAAAAACAUUUUUUUUUAAAUUUGUGUAUCUGUACUCUAAGACACUGCCAUCAAAGCAGAAACUUACAUAAAUGAUAGGACUGCCUCAUCAAGAAAUUGUCUGUGUAAAAGGGGAGAUGAGGCUCUCCCCAGCCCUAUAUUUGUUUUUUAUCUCAUACCCCAGGAAACAUGUGAUCUGUAAAUGCCCUAGUUGUUUCCAAAGUAGGGACUCUGCCCUUUUGCUGGUAGGGAAAAAAACUGCUAUUGCUUUGUCUUACAGAGCGAAUGUUUGCCAACUAUCCAUUCAUUAUAUGUAAGUCUGAAUUUUGGUAAUAUAGGCUAUGAAAAUUAAGCCUUCUAUUAAAGACUUCCUAUUGAGGUGAACUCUUAAUACUGAAGCAUAGUUACAUACAAUAUUUACUAGAGACAUACAUAAGAGAUUAAAUUAAGAGAUAAUGUUAAGAAAAUAGACUUUUUUGGUUCUACAUAAUGCUUCAUGAUUCAUUUAGGGACCUAGAAAUAUUGUGUGAAAAUGUAUAAAUAUCACCCAAAAGGCUUUCUGCCCUAUAUUUUUAAAAUACAGAAUAGUUAUAUUUGAAGUAGCCCUGGCCCUAGUUCUAUAGGGCUUGGCUAUUUAAUAUUUUUAUGGAAGAAAUGUUUAGUUCUGGAAAAGGUAAAUGCUUGUAUAUAUUUUUGCAGCCUGGGAUCUCCCUACUCCAUUUCUUCCUUUAAUUUAAGUGGCCACAUGUAUAUGUCUUCCCUAUUGUGUUAGAAAAAUGGGGGCUGGUUAUCCUAAGAAUCAGAGGUUAUA